GGAGUUUAAAAGCCCUCUCUCCCUCUCACAUUCCAGAACGAGUACUCAUCACAAUCAUCAAUAUCAGUUGUGUAAUCUUUUCUCUGUUCUGCUCAUGGCUUCUGUUCAUGAUGAUGCUGCUGAAGUUGGUUUUGAAGAAGGAAUGCUCUGGCUACCCUCUCAUGUUUUGGACGAGGCAUGCGACUCCAAGAUACAUAUGAGGAACCGCCACCAAAAACAGCGGCAACACGGUUACCACAGAUAUCAACGGGAAACACAGUCACAGUGCUCAAAUCUUUUUACAAGAUCAUCAUGUCAAAGGCCCAAACAUGCCACAGGUGGGCCUGGAAUGCAAGCUGUUUUCUUAGUUUCGGGGCAAGGAUCAUGUGGUACUGGCGUGUUCUUACCCCAAAAAGCAGGCACAAAAUCAACCAGCAAGCCAGCAUGCGCUCCUGUCCUCCUUCCAGCCCGAGUAGUUCAAGCUCUAAAUCUUAAAGUGCACCAAUUAGGCCUGCAGAUUUCACCUUCUCAAGCUCCCAAAUAUAGCUCGAGAAGCGGAGUAGUAUCCACCAGUGAGUCAACAAAAAAGAAAACGGAUCAGAAAGAUGCUCUUAUGCAAUGCAGUGUUGUUUCUCAGAGUCAAAGUUCUUCUCCUGAGAUAUUUCUUCCAAAGGAAUGGACAUACUAGCUCCUGAUUUGAUUAACACCAAAAGGAGCUGAUAUUGUAUAUGUAUGCAGUAAGUUAAUUAGCUAGAGGCAAUUCCAUCAUAAAGCCAGGGUGUUGAAUUAUUUGUGCUGCUAUUAUUAUAGCUAUAGGAGCCCUCACCGUGUAACAUUGUUAACUUAUGAUUUAUCAUCAUAAUAAUAAUAAUAAUAAAAAAGCACAAAGGUACCGGUUCUAUAAUA